AUGGCAUCAAAAAGGUGGGGCACAAAGUAUUUGACUCCAGGAUACGAGAAGCUCUGCAUAUCCUUUAUUAACCAAUCAAAACAUUUGCAUCCUAUCAGCUGGUUUGCCCGGAGCUGUGACUAUAACAUCGAUCCAGUAGACGUGACACUUUUAAUUCAGUCCGGGAUAACAAGAAUACGUGUUCUACUUAAAACACUGAGUCAUUGGAGUGGGCCUGUCAGUAUGUCACUGUGGGGAUCUGAGGAAGAGUGUCAACUUAUGCUGGACAAGAUAAAUGUUGCAUUAAAAGACCGUUGGAAUGUUGGAAUACAUCUGGUCAUUAGACCAUCAGGAGAUAAAGACGUAAUAUCAUACUAUCCAAUCAACUACUUGCGGAACACUGCAUUCUUUGGCAGUUUUACGAGUCACGUAUUGACUAUAGACGCCGAUUUUGUACCCAUGUCAGGAUCAUACUCCCGCAUCAAGGCUAGGCUAUAUCCAUACACAGAGCCUAAUAAGAGUCAGGUUGCAUUUGUGAUACCUGCGUUCGAGUUUGACAAGUCAUCUUUAGAUCUACUCCCGGCGACUAAGGAAGAAGUAAAAAGGAUGUAUCGAAAUGGAAUACUCGUCCAAUUUAGUGAUAGAAGAUGCCCCCAGUGUCAUAAUCCAACAGAUUAUAAGAGAUUGCUCCAAACACAAGAGAUGUAUUCGGUCAGUUGGAAAUGGCCAUAUGAACCGUAUGUAGUGUUACCAAGAGACACAAUGCCUCUCUAUGACGAGCGAUUCCUAGCAAGACACCUUAAUAAGAUCAUAUACUCACUAGAAUUAUGUGGUAAAGGGUACGAGUUCGCAGUCCUGCCAGAUGUGUUCAUAAUCCACGUCCUCCAUGAUAGAGUCGACACUGUCGCCCGGAAUAUCCGGUGUAUGGAUGACUUGGGUUUCAUUACCACAUUGAAGCUGCUAGAAUUAUACAAACACGUUAUUGAUCCAGAAAUAAUCCGUGAAAUCAAAGACAGCAAGAUAGUAUAUGCAUAGCAAUAUAAAAAAGGAUUCUGUAAAUGGCGAAUUAGAGAUGCAAGGUUUGACGUCUUUAAGUCUAUUGGGGAAAGGCACUAGAUCAAAAGAAAUAUGGAGUAGCGGUAUGAGUAUUUAUAUGAUGAGAUAAGAGUGGGUAGAUUUCAACCCCUCCACACACAUAACAAAUUCCAUGCUAAAGCAACUCCCCUCGUAAUGUAAAGGGUAUGUUUUAAUGUUUAUAAAAACACCAGGGGCGAACCUGAAAAUCGAGAGGGGAAGUAGUCCAAAAAUUUUAAAAAUAGUGCCCAAAAAGAAAACAAUUUCAUGAUGCCACAAAUUGUUUUCCCUCCUCUUCCAUGAGAUAUUUAAGUAGACAUACCACUACUGGUCGACAUUAUUUAUGUUGAUCGAGGUACAUGAGAUAAUCAAAGUGUCUGAGUGUAAUCUUUUGAUACAAGCAUCACACAAUGGGUCUUGUAGCAAAUAUAUUUUUUCAAUGAAAUGAGCAGUUUAUUUCGGAAAGAGGAAAUGGAUAAUACCAGUGAAGAUACAGCUGGGCCACAUACGUACAAUUCCGGCAAAAUAA